AUGUCUGGUACAGAUAGUGAACAAAAAGGUAGCGAAGAUGUGACUAGCGAGAUGAUGUUUAUCGCUGAAAGAGUCGUAGCAUUUCCAGAGAUUCUCGAGAAAUCUCAAAUUCCAGCAAUGAAAACGAAGAAAACUGCUGCACUAACUCAAAUCGUUAAGGAAUACGUGACCCUGUUUGAUAAAGAAAUGGAAAUUAAAGCUUUCAUGAAAAAAGUAAGAAAUACUUUCAUGUCCACCAUUAGUACGUACUUACUAUGUAUAUUUUUAUUAGGAGCUCUUGCAAUUGGUGUGCCAACUGAACCUACUUUAAGUGAUGGCAUUUUGACGGAAAGUGAUGCCCAUCAGAUGACUGGAGUGGUACCUGACAAAAAGCGAUCAUACAUAUCAGCUGCUGCAAAAAAAUUAGCUCCGAAGCCUACAUUUGUUCGUGAAAAACCAGAAGAGUCUGAUAAGACGAGGCAGUUAACGACAACCCAGCUUCAACGAUUAGUUUUAGUUGAGCAACUAAAAGUUGCUCGUCUUCAACAACAAUAUUUUUUCGCCAAGCUACAGAAAUUGGACGAGACAUCCAACAAAGAACCUUCGAAAUGGUAUGUUGACGUGGGAGAUAAAACUUACUGUAAUCUGUAA